UUUUGGGAUAGAAAUCGGGAAUUUGAGCCAAUUUGGUGAGCAAGCGAGAAAUCUCCGGAAUGGAAUUUGGGAUUCGGAGCGGAUUUUUGGGGUGAAAAAGGGGUUAUUUUGUCCCGUUUUCUUUUGGGGGGGGGAUGCAGGGUUCAGCUGGAGGAAUCCAUGAUGGUGAGGCUGAGCGAGAGCCGCCGGCAGCGGGCGCAGCGCCGCCUCCGUGCCAUGGGCGCCGUCAACUUGGACUCCAUCACCCAUUUUGGGGACACCUCCGCCCUGCUGGGACCCCCGGAUCAGGAGGCGCCGCCCCCACCCAAAAAGAGGAAGAAAGUGGUGAAGAGGAAAGCGGGGAGGAGGAAGGGUGAGUCCUCCAGCCUUCAGGGGGCGCUGUGCCAUUUGGUCCUCCA